AUGACUUCCUUGAGGUUACUCCUGCCCGCCCCCACGCAGAGCAUAUACGCUGUGCAGAGCGCAGAUGAGGACAUAAACAAAAAUGAGAAAAAGGAUCCCUACGCUCAUUUACCCCCUUACGGUGAACGUAAAGGUUGGAUACCUCGCAAACUCGAAGACUAUGGAGACGGGGGCGCAUACCCCGAAAUUCAAACAGUACAGUACCCGCUCGACAUGGGUCGAAAGAAAGAGAAAAGCGGUAACGCUCUGGCUCUGCAGGUGGACGCUCAAGGAAAAGUGAAAUAUGACGCACUCCUCAAGCAAGGAGCCAAUAAAGAUAAAGUGGUAUAUUCGAAAUUGAAAGAUCUCCUACCCUACGACCUAACCGCCGAGGACGAAGAAGAGCUAAAGAAACCGGAUGAAGAAGAAAUCGCGAAAAUCACCGAAGAAACAAAGAGAGCCCUAGAGAAACUAACUCAUUCCAAAGUGACAUCGGCCAUGCCCGUCCGAGCGGCCGAGAAGGCGGCUCCAGCGCAAUACAUCAGGUACACACCCGCUCAACAGGGACCUGAGUUCAAUUCAGGCGCAGGUCAACGAAUCAUUCGGAUGAUCGAAGCUCAGAAAGAUCCCAUGGAGCCUCCUAAAUACAAGAUCAACAAAAAAAUACCUCGGGGCCCCCCGUCACCUCCACCCCCUGUGAUGCACUCGCCAACGAGGAAGGUCACGGUGAAAGAGCAACAGGACUGGAAAAUUCCGCCCUGUGUCAGCAAUUGGAAAAACGCGAAAGGAUACACAAUACCUCUGGACAAACGAUUGGCAGCCGACGGACGAGGACUGCAACAACAGCAUAUCAAUGAGAAGUUCUCGAAGCUCGCUGAAGCGCUCUUCUUAGCCGACCGUAAGGCUCGUGAGUCCGUUGAGGCCCGAGCUCAACUCGAAAGGAAGGUCGCCGCCAAGGAGAAAGAAAAGAAGGAAGAACAUCUGCGACUCAUGGCACAACGGGCUCGUGAUCAGAGAGCCGGUAUACGGAACGUUGAAGACGAUGAGGACGAAGGCGUGAAGGAUCGAGAUGCCCUCCGACAAGAGAGGCAUAGAGAACGCCAGAGAGAUCGAAAUAUUGCGAGAGCUGCGCCCGACAAAAGGAACAGGUUGGAGCGUGAGAGGGAUAGAGAUAUAUCCGAGAAAAUAGCCCUAGGUCUCCCAUCGACGAGCGGCGCUCGCAGCACGGAGGUCCAGUUCGAUCAGAGGCUGUUCAAUCAGAGCAAAGGAAUGGAUUCUGGCUUCGGUCACGAGGAUGACUACAAUGUCUACGAUAAACCUUGGCGUAAAGACAAGGGAAUUUCUGGUCAGCUCUACAGACCUCGCGGCGAUAGAGAAACGGCUGAAGACCUGGAGACUAUGAUCAAGACCAACAGGUUCGUUCCGGACAAGGAGUUCGAGGGCACAGAUCGGUCGGAGAGUUCGAAACGUCGUGGUCCUGUGGAAUUCGAACGAACAGCUGAAGUUGAGGAAGAUCCGUUCGGGCUCGAUAAGUUCUUUAAUGAAGCCAAGAAAGCCAAUAAGAGACGAACGGAAAGCGACAGUAAGGCGGGGAGCAGCAACAGCAGUUCGAAAAAACGGGGAAAUGGCGAGCAACAGCUCGCCAACGAGUUCCCGAAAACGGCGGCGACCGCCGAGGAAUUCCGCGGAAUCUCAUUGCGGAGGACCUCUUCGGACGCUGAUUCGUCAUGCGCAACGUCGAUCUCCACGAAUGACUACGGUGACCGGAUAGGAACCAUCGAAAAGGUGUCCGUGAAGAAUUUCAUGUGUCAUUCUCAGUUGGAAUUCUCUUUCGUCCCGCAAGUCAACUUCAUCAUCGGUCGCAACGGCAGUGGCAAGAGCGCUGUCCUCACCGCCAUAAUGGCAGGACUUGGUGGGAAAGCGAGCGUGACCAACCGAGGGUCGAAAAUAUCCUCGUUGGUCCAGAACGGCCGUCCAUCAGCUCGCAUUGAGGUGACAUUGAACAACACUGGCCCUGAAGCCUUCAAAGCGGAAAUUUACGGACCUUCGAUCACCGUAGUUCGAACCAUUCGAGCUGUCGGUGGUUCAUACGAGAUUCGUGCGCAUGAUCGCCGUGUGGUCUCGACCAAACGGGAGGAGCUGCAAAAUAUCCUGGACCACAUGAACAUCCAGGUCGACAACCCUAUAGUCGUGCUGAAUCAGGAAACUUCGAGGAAUUUCUUGCAAUCGAAAAGCGCCAAGGACAAAUACGUUUUUUUCCUGAAAGCAACUCAGCUCGAAACUGUGAAAGCAAAUUACGAAGAAGCCGAAGAAAAUGCCAGGCUGGCCACGAACCUUUUCGAUACAAAAAGAGCGAAUUUACCUCAACUUGAAAAAGAUGUAAAGAAGUACGAAGGCAUUCUGAAGCUGCUCGACGAAAUUGUCGACUCGAGGACUAGAUUGAACCUCCUCAAGGCGGAACUCUGCUGGUCUAGAGUAGUCGCUCUUGAGGAGGAGGAACGCGAAGCGGUGCGGAACUCCGACAAUGCUCGGGAGCAGUUGCGAGAAUUCGUCAAGAAGAUGGAGUCUGUGUCGGAGAACCUCGUCGUCGCCAAGAGCGAAUCGGAGCGCUACUCGGCUGAAUUAUCCGAGAUCGAAGGAUCAAGGACAACGAGGACAGCGGAUUUGCACAAGCGCAAACAGGCGAUGGACGAAGCGAAGCGAAGUUUUCGGGAAAUCGAGGACAUUGAGAAGUCGAUCAAGCGGAGUGUUCGAACCCUGGAGACGGACAAGGUCGCCCUGGAGAACGAGAUCAUUCGGGCCAAAACCAACUCGGACGAAGAAUGGAGGAAAGAGAAGGAACGGCGCCUGAAAAAGAUCGUCAUUGUGGAAGAAAAGCUCAAGUCAGCUCAAACUCAAGAGGCUCGAGCCAAAGAAAGUGAAGCGAGCGUUCGUGAGAGCCAAAAGCAGAAGGAUGGUGACAUGCGGGAGGCUCAGAUGGAACUGAGGAAGAUCGAAACCGAUAGUCAAAGUUUAGCUUAUCAAAUCCAGAACGCGAAAGCGGCUCAGAAAGACGCGGUCAAUCGCUUCGGAGCUCGUACGGCCGAUAUCCUACGGGAGAUCUCGCAACAGCGUAGAUUUCGAGUGAAACCGAAAGGUCCGAUAGGAUCAUUCAUCAGUCUGAAAGACGAUCGAUGGGCCUAUGCGGUGGAGCGUCAUUGUUCAAAUUCCUUAAGAGCGUAUAUGGUGGAUAACAAGGACGACGCAAAGCUACUUAAACUGAUAUUCGAUAAAUACAAUCAGAAGGACAUCACUAUCUACACGCGGAAGUUCAGUGAAAGAAGAUAUCAGUGCGCAAUGGCGACGCCAACUGCGAGCUCUCAGAAUUUGACCCGGGUUGUCGAUAUCAAGGACACCGAUGUCUUCAAUUUGUUGGUCGAUGUCCACUCAAUCAAUAUGGUCUUAUUAUUCGAUAGCGUCGAGGCUGCCUUGACAACUCUCAAGCGUGUGGACACCGUGCCGAAGAAUUGCGCUCUCGCAAUCGAUGCCGAGUACAAUCGAGUCAAUCCAGCUCCCAAGUAUAGGAUAUUUAGUAACGACCGGAAUAUCCAAGUCCACUUUCUGAGGGAGGCAGGCAAAGACAAAUUGUCUGCACUGGAAGCCGAACUCAAAUCACUACGGGAGAAGAAAAAAGCCUCGGAGAGUCAGUUCCAGCUCGUUCAGAGGGAAGUCGCUUCACUGGAAGUCGAAAUCCGGAACGCGACGGAUCGUAGGACGAAAUUCAGCCUCGAAUGUGCUGGCUUGGAGAGGCAACUGCGAGAUCUGCGGGACUUCGAGGAACCCGUCGCAGUUAACGUCACGUUUCUGGAAGACGAAGUAGCGGCGCUUUCUCGAACGAUUGGAGAGAAAACGAAAGAGCUGCCCGCGAUCAAGGAAAAGCUUCAAGCUCUCGUAGAGGAAGUUCGAGAGAAAAACAGAGCGCUCAAACAAGCUGAAGCGGUGGUGAAAGAGAGUGAGGAACGGAUCAACUCUCUCAAAAUCGUGCUCAAUAAGUGCGCAGAUAAGAUCGAGAAAUUCAAGGGCUAUGAGAUCGGCCUCGUUUACAAGAAAGCGCUGCUAGAAGCUACGAUCAAAGAAAAGGAGACCGAGUUGAAGAGCAAAAGUGCGAAGCUGGCCAGCGUGCUCGACGCCACUGUGAAAGAAUUCCCGCAGAGAAUCGAUACUGAUCGGACAGAAAAUGCUUUACAAAUGGAAAUCGAAACCCUUCAGGGACAGAUAGCCAGUAUGGAGCGAACACAGCCCGAUCCAGAGAGGACGCGGAAGACGUACCGACGUUUGAAGGAAAAGUUCGAUACCCUCUCCGGGGAGCUGGACAAUCUGAAAACUUAUCUUAAAGAAUUGGGCAAACUUAUCAAACAGCGUCGAGAUACUUUUGUCAAAGUCAGGGACUUGGCGUGUUUCCGAGUCAACACCGUGUUCCAGUCAUUGAUGGCAAGCGAGAAUUUCAUUGCUAGUCUUGUAUUCGAGCAUGAAGAGCGCAAGCUGCAGAUCGAUGUCAAGGAGACGAGUCAGAGCGUGCGUCAAUCACAGCGCGACGUGCGAGGACUUUCGGGUGGCGAGCGAUCAUUUUCCACCGUGUGUUUCAUUUGUGCCCUCUGGAGCAGUACGGAUCAUACGCCGCUGCGAGUCUUGGAUGAGUUCGACAUUUUCAUGGAUAUGAGCAAACGUCGGAAAAGUCUCCAGAUGCUCCUUGAAAUAUGUCAGAAACAAGCUCGUUGUCAAUUCAUCUUCUUGACACCCCUGGAGAUGCCGAACAUUGAUGCGUUAAAAGAUGGGUCGGUGAAGAUCCAGAUGAUGCCAGAGCCUGAGAGAGGGCCGAUAGCCGCUCAAUGAACCACUGAUUGUGCUUUUUUUCCAAGCACGAGUGAAUUGA